UUACUCUUUCAUUUACAGCUUAUUUAGUUAAUGGCUUGUAUUAGUUUUUUUACGCGGCGCUAAAAGAGAGAUUAAAAAAAGGGGUGCCAUAGGCGAGCUGUCAGCAGGCCGAUAUCAGUUUUACACUUCACUGCCCCUGGAUAGUUACUACUGUAGCGCCCCUAGCGGAUUGUGAUAUACCUAGUAUUGGGUUUUUAAGAUUUUUCUAAAUUCCGUCAUGUGCUGUUUUCACAGUUCAAGCAAAGAAAAAACUUUAAAAAGAUGGCAGAGUCUAAGGGAAAGCAACAGAACAAAUCAAAGGACACCAUUAGUCCAGGAAUCAAGACGGAUAUACAAGAACUUAUAGACAAGGAGGAACAUGCACUGAGAAAGAGACUCCCUGUAAAAUUACCAAAAAGGAAAAAUGAUAUUUAUGUACAUCGCAAAACAGACUUCAAGGCACAGAUGCUGAGGUGUCAAAAACUGCUUGACACAGGUUAUAAUAUGAUAUUCAUUCAUGGCAUUGGCAUGGCAGUCAAUAGAGCCAUUAAUCUUGCAAUGCAGCUCAAUGAAUUGGAACAUGGGACUCUGGAAAUGGAGGUGAAUACAUCAACUGUUGAACUUUCCAGUGACCUUGAGGCAAAUGUAGAUGACCUUGACCCAGAUUCACGUGGAGGAAUUAACUCUGCUGUUCACAUUAGAUUGUUCAGGUUAAAGAAAACAGAAUCAAGUCAAAAGCAGGCCACCCAAUAGCUCAUGCAAUUAUUGUAUUUAUUAAAAUAAAAAAAGGAACAUGCAUGUUGUUUGUAUUUGUCUUUGUUUUUUCCAAAGGUAGUUUUUUCCCCAGGGUAUUUCAUUAUUGCCUAAUGAAAAUGUUUUAUAUAUGAAGUCAAAUAAAUAACUCAACUGCUGUCUUCAGUUACAAAUCACAAGUUCUUUAUUCUAUUUCAAUCAGAUAAUUAUGACAAAUUGACAGUCAAAAUAAUUUUUCAGAAUAACAAAGUUCCACUGAAAAACUGUUGAAGACAACCCUCACAUACACUAAAUGUAUGCCAACAUAUCUUUUAUUUUUGAUUUCACUGAAGUGUGUGUGAACUUCAGGGGCAGAUUUAGGCUGUCUUCUGGG